AUGGCUCGUGUGGAAAAAUCUCACACUCAGAGGGUCUCUGCUCACAUCUUCUCUCGCCUCCUCAUCCACGGUAAGUACAAACUACACUAUGCCUGGCCAGCGGUCACACCUACGUUAUGCUGCGACAAAUGCGCGCCAGGUGAGCGUAUGGUUAAGCGUGACAUACUCACUUGUGUACAUGAGUGUGGACCCUGCAAGAAGACACUGUACAGGGAUACCUACGAUGAGAAGCCGAACUGUGAAUUUUGUGGACAUUGCAAUAAAUCAAACAUGGCGUAUGCUUCAAACUGCAACUCCACUCACAACGCAGUGUGCCGAUGUAACGCCGGCUACAAGUUCAGAGAUGCAUCCCGCAAACAGUGUGUGCCGAUACCACCAACCACCACCAAACCUACAUCUGCUCCACCCACUACAGUCCUGAAACCUGGCCUCACUACAGCCUGGCCGCCUGCUCCACAGCUCAGAGUUCUUACAGAUACCGUGUGGUUCCUGGUGAUUAUUGCCCUCCUGUGUGCAGGACUUGCAAUCGUUUUUGUCGCAAACAUAAAGCCCUUUCUGCACUGGAUCAAAUCCAUGAAUGGCUACUUUUUAGCUAAAGAACCUGCACCGGUACCGGCAUACUCCGAGGACGAAGAAGUGUCCACGCCUAUCCAGGAAGUGGUCGGGAAAUGUGAAUGUGUAUGAGUGAAAGAAGAGCUCCAGAAGAUG